GGUAUUGCAUUAUUCAAUUUGAAUGAAAUAUGGAAGAAGCAAUUGAAUUGAAUGUCACAAUGAAGCAAUAUCCCUUGACCCUAAAUAUGUUAAUGCCUAGAUUAAAAAAAGUAUUUUAUUGUUAAAUCUUAAUAUAUUAGUAUUGCAUUAAACAAUUUGCAUCAAUUUGUUAAUUUAUUGUUAAAUACUAAUAUAUAGGUAUCACAUUACGCAAUUUUUUAUUCAAAUUGAAGAAACUAGGUAUUUUAUUGUUAAAAUAUUAUGAUAUCUAGUUAUUGCAUUCUAAAAUUUGAAUCAAAAUUUUUUUUUUAUAAUCAAAGCAAUUUGUAUCAACAGCAAAUGAAUUGGUUUAUCGAACAAUUUAAUAUUAGCCUUUUUUAUGAUUUCUGCAAAAGAUUAAUAAGGGUAAUUGAUUGAUAUAAACAGCAAUUGAACAUUAAAG